UUGGUGAACGAGUCCAUGUCAAUGAACUUCCGAAUAAAUGAUUCACAUAAUAUUGUUAACUUGAUAGAAAACGGUAUACUUUCGGUAUGCCAACUAGACGUGAAUGGAAGUAUAGUGGGUUUUUUAUGCGCAAGGGAAUAUCCUUUGAUCCCUUCAGUGCACCCGGUUGCUUGGGAGGAGUAUGUCUGGACAAAAUACAAGGCCGUAGAGCUUAAUGCACGAAAUACUAUGUUUUUACAUCUGUUAUGCUGGAACCAAAUUUACGGCCGUGAAUGCGUUGAUAGUAUGCUCGAGUCAAUAUUUAUGCACGAUCCUUACGUUCAUCACGUUGCUAUGGUUAAGUGCAUUGGUUCGCGGACGAUAUUAGUUCCUGGUCAGUCUCGAUCAGAAGGGUCUUUUCGACGUGUUCAAGCAAUGGAGCGUGGUAUCCCAGGUGAUCAGUUGCCUGGUUUAUAUGUAGCUGAUCGACCAGAAGUUUGCCCUAGGCUGAGAGUUCGAAGAGCUGUCGAAGAGGAUAAUGAUGAUAUAGUGCCUAUAAUCGAACGUUAUUCUACUAGACUCCGUGAACUUUACGGAGAAUUUUACAUUAGCGAACUCAUUUCAAGACAUCCAGAAUCUGACAGAGUCCUGCUGGUUUGUGAGCACAAAGAAUUAGCAGUUGGUGUCAUGUGUCUUAAUACUUUGAUAAAUUACGAGGACUUGAAUGAGAGCUUCGAAUUGAUGCCCUUCGCUGGUCUGAGGAAAGUAGAUACACUUUCGAUUUACCACAAGUAUAGUGCUGGAGACUCGGCUUUCAGUGUUUCAAGUGCUGUAUCGUCUGGUUUAUUGGAAAGUGCUAGCCAAUUUCGACGUACAAGUACUGAAUCUAGCGCCCACUACAGGGGCACUAAAAGUAAGGUUACUUGGUUAUUCGGAGAAGACGAAUGCAUAAACUUUCCAGGGGAGGGCGAGAAAGAGCUUACUCAUGACGUUGCUGGUCUAGGUCGAGACGAAUCCGAAGAGGCUGACGCUUCGUUUGACGUGACCAGUAUACUUGACGACGACGACGAUGAUGAACUAGAAUUCGAUAUUGUCAAUAUCGCUACAGAUUUAUUGAAACUUCCUAAAUAUCUGUCUUAUGAUGCUUUAGGAAAAGGUCCCGCCGAAAGUUUCUUGAAAAUAAUUGAAGGCAGCGGCAGACAUGCCAAAAAGGAAACUACUUAUGAUAUCAAUCUGAAAAAAGAUAGGGUAAAAACACUAGCAGGAAGCAAUAAUGGGUUAUCCGAUGGUACAAACUACAGUGGGACACCAAAUGCGUUUUUGUUAGAACUGUUUGCUAUGCAUCCAGAUUAUGAUGAGAGACAUGGUUUUGAUAUGCUUGAAGCGGCCUACGAACUCUUCCCGAACAGAGAUUACUGCAUUGUGUGUUUACCCUCAAAUCACGUGUCGUUUCCGCUUCUUGAGCAUUUUACGCUGGUGGCACCACGUACUACUCGUUUAAAAUUUGUAAAUCAAACCCUUUAUGUGGCUCACGUAAAUUCUGUUAGAGGAAAUAUGAGUAUACGUCCAGGCGAGGCAUUCGAUGUUCCUGCUCUUCACAACUUAUUAGACCACGCGCCCCGCGCUCAAGCUCUUCUAGACCUUUUUGAUUCUACCCUCACUUCGCGCACAUUGCAGAGCUAUAUAAUGCUAAGCGAAAAUCAACCAAUUGGCAUGGUUGUGCUCGGACCAUUAGAAGACGGUACAACGAUUCGGGUGCAGUACGAUUUGGAACCGGAGCCUGUUCGCCCUGGAACGGAUGGGAGUGUAUUGGCAAGCGUGAUAUCGCCAGUUUUAGAGCCGCACCGUCGAUGGUUCAUGCGUGAGUUGCUGCGACGUUCGCAGUACUCAACGUUGUUUUGGAUCUGCAGGCUGUUCGCUAAGGGAGAGGCGAAUCCCGGGCGCAAUUUGAUGUCUCUGGCUGAUUGUAUGGUACCCGUUCAUCCACGUAUAUCAGUACCAAAUAUAUUUAAAAACAAGAUAUUGGAUAAAAUUUUGAAAGAUGUUGCUACACCGUUUGCCCUUUGGAUCAUAGAGCGUCCCUUAUGCAGUAUGCCAAAAGUAUACGUCAAUAACAGUAUCAUUGUGGUCGGAGCCAGUCGUACCGGACUUGCAUUCUUGGAAAGCUUAUUUAUGGGCCCAACAGCCAAAUACUUGACAUUCAGUAACGUCACUUUAGUGUCGGAGCAUGGUUUGCCCACGAUUACCGAAUGUCUGAAAGCCGCAGACACAUGCGUCCCUAGAGAAGGACGUUACAACGAUAGAUAUCUCAAAAGCGUACCGUUUUACUUCUACGUAGACGUUAUUUCGGCGAUUAUGGUUGGAAUUGACAGGAAAAAUAAAUGCAUUCAUUUGAAAGGCGGCGGCGUAAAAUAUUACGACGAACUUGUACUGACAUGUGGCCACCAAUUCCAACAUCCAGAUUAUUUGACGGAGUCCCUGUAUUUAGCUAAAAAAAUUCAGAAAGGCGAGCCAUGCCAUAGAAUAUUAAUGGACAAUAUACAAUACAAGCCGGAUCGGGUCGCCGCACCCAGAGAUCUGCCGGAUAACGUCAUGCUGGUCAACUCCCUCUUCGAAGCUAAUAUGCGUUUGAGGAUACUGAUGCGUACCAUUACUGAUUUCAAAGAAAAACCGUUCUGUCUGAGCGAAGACAAUCAAGUGAUAGUCUACGGGGAUUGUAUUGAGGCGUAUAGUUGUGUGGCGGCUUUAUUAGAGCUAGGCAUCUCACCUAGCAUGAUCGUCUUCGUAGAGCCAUUCCCUCCAGAGGACUCCAAUGCUCUUAGGGUCAACUGCUUCAACAACGAAACUAUUGACGAACGCGUUCAGGCUAACCUAGAGAGUUUGGGUAUUCGGAUUUAUCGGCGUUGCUAUCUAGCGAGUUGGAGGCAGGUGGACAAUAGAGUCGAGGCCUUGCAUUUCAUGUCGUCGGUGUACGCAAUACGUUUGCCGUGCUUCGCAUUGUUCUGUUACGGUCUUAAAGCUAUUGAUGUCAAUGCUUUUAAGGCGAUUAAUGAGUGUGGAUUGGUUUAUGACGGCGGUCUAGUCGUGGGGCAAAAUUUUGAGACGAACGAUCCCGCGAUUUACGGAGCUGGCACGUUUACGAGAUAUUCCCGGAGGCUGUACGCAUCUGAACGACUGCAUCGUUAUUAUUGCUCCGAAGAUGUUGGAGAGGCGCUGGCGAAACUGUUUCUAUUAAAACUGGAUCCUUUUGUAACAAAUACAGACUUAGGGAAUGACGGUGGAGAUAAUUCACAUUUUGGCUCCAGUUUAUUUUCGUUUAAGGUUCAGGAUUCCCAUGGCAGCAUUACGAGUAAAUCAUCUACGGGCACUUGGAGAAAAUGGCAGCCGGUAGCGAAAUACGAAUCGCCAAUAGUACAGACAGCCACAUUGCCUGGUCCACUAUACUACAUGAAAGUUAGGAAGCCAGGGAGAGAACUACCUAUGGCGGUGCAGAUGUGUUUGCCGAAGCAAGGUCAUACUCUAAUAACCGACAAGCGCGGUAAUUACUUCCGAUUACAUUUGAAUUCUUUGCACUGCAUUGACGCUGUGAGUUGCCUCUCGACUAAGCCGUUUUCGAGCGAUACCUUACAACAAGUGUACGGCAAACACGAAGCAUUCUUCAACAAACUUCUCUUUAGAUUUCAGAGAGGAGAUAUAGAUGACUUGUACGAGUUUUUCGUUCGACCCUGGAUGUCGGCUAUGUAUGAAGACUCAUUUUCGGAUCUUUUGCACUCAAUAAACGCACAAAGUGUAAGCACGGUAUACAAUUUAUUAAGACCGAAAUACGCAUCGCCCGAAGAAAUUUCGAAAUCGCGUGUGGAAUCUUCGUGCUCGAUAACAAAGACUUGUGGAUUUGGUCAGUCGGAUUCGCCAAGUGAUAUCACGUUCCGGUCUGUUAUUGACAAGUUUAUUUCGAAUACUAGCAGCCAGAUGAUUGCGGCUGCAAAGAAAUGUACGAACAAACCACGGGAAUGUGGCCAGAGUGCUGCUUUGAAGACUCCAGCUAUAGGUUUCUGGAAGAGUAUUGGCGGCGAUCGGAUUGUGAUUUCUCACAUCGCGAAAUAUUUGCUCAAACAUAGUUCGACCAAUCCUCAUUAUGCCACACCCAAAAAUGAAUUUAUCUAAUCACACAUGAUU